AUGGCUCAAAAAAGCGGAUUGUCCGCUUUUCUGACUGCCUAUCGGUCAUCGGUGGUAAUUUGGUCGUCUGUUGUAGCUCUUUCUCCUCUACUUAUUUUUGCAAAUAAGGAGCAUCAGGUUGGUUUUUAUGAAUUUUCAACUCUGAAAAAGCUUUUUGAAGCAACAAUGGAGAUGCGCGUACGUGGUGGCCAUCAUGGGCAUUUUUUGGGUCUCGGAGGUGAGUUGCAAAAGAAAAAAUCCUCAAAUAUCAAUCAUUUUUCAUAAGUUUUCUGACACAAUUACACGAAAAAUGCCAAUAUGCCUUCCAGACUUCACAAACCUCUAAUAGUUCAAUUUGCAGGCUCUUCCUCUGGCAAUCACCGCAUUUAUUCCCUUAGUUCUUUUUCCUACAUUAGGAAUAAUGCGAGGAGACGAAGUCGCUCGCGCUUAUUUGCCGGUAUUUGACCACUUAAAAAAAAAGAAAAGACUUUAUUUCGCUCAGGAUACUUGUUUCCUGUUCAUGGGAGGCUUGAUGGUCGCUCUGGCAGUUGAAAAAUGCGAGUUGCACGCCAGAAUCGCCCUUUUCGUGUUGAAAAUCGUCGGUUCACACCCAGCCAAGUGAUUUCAUUAUUUUCCCUGUCUAUAUGAUUACUGAAUUUGUCAAUCACAAAUUUAACUUCAUUUUUAAGGGUAAUGGCCGGGUUCAUGGCUGUCACUGGUUUUCUCAGGUUUGUUUCAAGUUUUUUCAGAGGAGGAUGAAAAAAAAAAUGGAAACGGAGGCAAAAAGAGUUGCCAAGUUCGCUGUUAUCAAAGGGGCUGCGAGUGUACAAAAAACAAAGUUUCUUGACGUCACAAAAAAUGAUAUUUAUGUGGCCGAUUCAAAACUUUUUGUUGAUACCGGUCAAAGAUAGAAAGAUUUAUGAUAUGAUAACUCAACUUCAAGUUUCAGCCCAGGAAAUUCUCCUGAAGAUCGAAAAGUUCAAAGAAGACAAAAAAUUUUCAUUUUUUCAAAUGCCCGAAUUUCAGUCUCAGCCUGUUUGACUUUCAACGGCUAACUUUGAAUAAAAAAAGGCUGGAAAAAGAAAAAAUACAAAAAAAAAGAUCUACACUUCAUUUUUGCUUUCUGCUUUAAGCAAACGACCGAUGCUGUAAAUUUUUUUUUCUCGAUUAUACAAUCAAAAACUUUUGAAAAAAAGAAAAAAAUAAAGAAAAACAUCAAAAAGACUUUUUUUCAGUAUGUUCAUAUCCAACACUGCGACGACCGCUUUAAUGGUGCCGAUAGUUCAAAGUGUCAUCACAGAACUCGUUUCAAAUCAUAGGUUCAAAUUCUCAGUUUUUUUUUUGACACUUCAAGUCAAAGUUAAAUGACUCGUUUCAGGAUUGAAGACUUGAUUGCUUUAACGGAAGCGGCUGCAUCUCACAAGAAAAUGAGCGUAGGAAUGAGACGUCUGUCUCUUCCGAAUGACCAUUUGGAAGUUAUCCAUUAGUAUGUUUCUGAUUUUGAAAACAUAUCAGGAAUAGAUUGCACAAAUCGAAUUGUAAUGGCUGCGAGGGUUUUUUUUGUUUUUUUUUUUGACUUUUAAUUGCCAGAAACCGCAUAAAAUGGAACUCUAGGAAGGUAGGAUGAAACGCAUUGAAAUGCGCUGAAAAUUUUCUAAUCGGCGUUUUCAAUUAUAAAUCCUCCAUUGAAGAAGUAGUUCCGCUGAAGAUUUUUCAAUAUAUUUCAUAUUAAAAUAAUAUUUUUACUAUCUUUGCUGCAAUAAAAGCAUGCAAUCUAUGAAAAACCACAACUUAACCAGAACGCGUAAGCCUAGAAUUCUCUUCAUAGUUCAUUCUUCUGAUUGGAAAAUCAGAACUUUUUGUAAACUUUCUUAAAAAUGAUCAGUCCUGAUUUUUUCUCAAGUUAAAAUUAAAUCAAUAUUCCAGCGAUAACCUCGACGAAAGCAUGUCUCCAAGGGAGAAAAAGAUGGCGAAAGGGUUGAUGUUGAGCAUCUGCUUUGCUGCAAACAUCGGCGGCUCAGCCACAGUAACUGGAACCGCUUCAAACCUGGUCUUAAUCGGUCAACUUGACGAGUUUGUAAAAUUGAACCGAAUUUUUCCAUGAGAUCUUCCUUCAGGCUGUUCCCAGGCGCCGACACGGGUGUCAAUUUUUUAUCGUGGCUGACUUUUGCCUUCCCCAUGGUCAUCUGCUGUUUGAUUUACUGUUGGUGAGUAAUAUUUUUUAGAAUAUUGAAGGGAUGGAAAGUUCAGGAUUGUUCUCUACCUCAUGUUUUUGCGCAACGCUCCAAAGGGAUCUCCUCUCGUGACUCGAAAACUCCAAGACAAGUACAAUGAACUGAGCCCGUUGAGUUUUGGAGAAGUAAGACUUUUUAACUGACUUUCAAAAACAUUUAUGAAAAUCAGGCAGCCGUCGUUGCUUGCUUCACUCUGUUGCUGGUGCUCUGGGUGAUGCGAGAGCCUCAAGUUGUUCCAGGAUUUGGCGAAUUAUUCAAGGAGGAGUAUGUAUUUUCUAUCUUUGAUUCAUUUUAAAACUUCGCCUUUAAGAUAUGUCUCUGAUUCUACAAGUGCAAUGUUGAUAGUGAUAUUCCUGUUUCUAAUUCCUCAAAACUUCCCGCAAAAAAGUGAGGAUUCACAAUAUUUUUUUGGAAAAGAAGGAGUUUGAGCUGCAAAUGGACGUUGGCGCAGCAGCAGUGGUCUUCUCGACUGGGAGACGGUUCAAGAUCGAUUUCCUUGGAGCGUCCUAUUUCUUCUAGGUGGUGGAUUUGCUCUAGCUGCUGGAGUAAAGGUGCAUUUUUUUGUUCCAAGAUUUGAGAAGUAUCGAUUUUUUUAUUCUUCUGAAGUUUUUGCUGACAUGAUUCGAAGUUUGAGAUUUGAAAAAGUGCUUUCAAAUUCAUAAUUUAAGUUGAGAUUGAUCAAUUAAAAUUCAAUAAUAAGUUCACUGUUAAAUAGGAAAAAAAUUAAAUAUUUCUCCGGACACAAAAGAAGCAAUAUCAUGUUCGAAAAUUCCAUAUUUGCCAUCCCCUAGAGCCAAAGAGAAUUAUCCGAUUUAUAGCAUUGAACAAGUUUUGAUGAAAACAUUUUAUGAACUCAGGAGUCUGGACUUUCGCAUGACAUCGGCGCCAUCAUGAAAAACCUCGACAUCUUCAAUUCCAAUAUCAUUAUGUUGAUUUGUACGGUGAUUACUGUGCUUUUAACCAACGUUUGCUCCAACACUGUCAUUGCCUCGAUUUUCAUUCCGAUCGUUGCUGAGCUAGCGAGGUUGAUGAUUUCAGCCUUUUUUUGUCACUUUUUAAUCUUUCAGGUCUUUGAAGUUGAAUCCGCUAAACUUCAUGCUGCCGGUGACAAUAUCUGCAUCUUUCGCUUUCCUGCUCCCUGUAGCAACUCCACCAAACGCUAUUGUGUUUUCUUCCGGGGUCCUGAAAGUCAAGGAUAUGGUAGGAUUUUUUUUUGUUAGCAUCUUCUAUCCUGAUGGCUUACAAAUUACAAAAAGUCGAAUAUUUGAAUUUUAGAUAGAACUUCAGGGUAAAGUAUAAAGUAAAAUGAGAUUAUUUUUCUGCUAGGUAGAUUCAUGUUGCAAGUGCUUUUUUGCACCUCGUUCUGAAGCUAAAAUGUGAGGUUUCAGUUUCUCAAAGAAUUUUUUUUGUAACAAUAUGAAAAUUAAUUUUUCAGAUGAAGGCUGGAGCGACCGUCACGAUCGGAUGUGCUUGCUUGGCUAUUGGCAACAUGCUUCUCUGGGCCGGAUUCGUCUUCAAUCUUCACCUAUUCCCAAAAUGGGCCCGCGGAGAAGCUCCACCAGCAGACGUCCAAGACUGGCUCACUCAGAACAACAUCACUCUUCCACCCACCACGACCGUCAUGAGUGUUCUUCCUUGA